CACUGCAGAAGGACAAUAGCUCAUCAAGCCCCACGAAAGCCCCCGGACCCGUCGCGGAGCCUGGGCUGGCGGGGGAUGAGGCUGAGCGACUCCUCCUAGAGGUGGUUAUGUGGAGAAGGAGCAAUCCCUUCUCCCUCCUCCUCCUCCCCCCGCUACUAUCCGCGGCCCGGAGAACUGCCGCUUGCCGCCAUUGACACGCACAGAUACAACCCCAAGAAAGGCAGAGUCCUGCCCGACACCGGCGGCACGCGGGCCGAACCUGCGGCCGGGGAUUGGCGCGCACUAGGCCACCGGGCGCCCGGAGCCCGCGGCGCAGCACCAGGAUUGUGUAAGUGCCAGGAAGCCACUGUGUCAGCAAGCUGAGAGGGAAACUGAGGCAAGAUGUCAGGCCGGAGUGGGAAGAAGAAAAUGUCCAAGCUGUCCCGGUCAGCCAGGGCCGGUGUCAUCUUUCCAGUAGGUCGGUUGAUGCGUUACCUGAAAAAAGGGACAUUCAAGUACCGGAUCAGCGUUGGUGCUCCUGUCUACAUGGCCGCCGUCAUUGAGUACCUGGCAGCGGAAAUCCUAGAGUUGGCUGGCAAUGCUGCGAGGGACAACAAGAAGGCCAGGAUAGCCCCCAGACACAUCCUGCUGGCCGUCGCCAACGAUGAGGAGCUCAACCAGCUGUUGAAAGGAGUGACCAUCGCCAGUGGGGGUGUCCUGCCGAGGAUUCACCCUGAACUGCUGGCUAAAAAACGAGGGACCAAAGGAAAGUCAGAAACGAUCCUCUCCCCACCCCCAGAGAAAAGAGGAAGGAAGGCCGCAUCAGGCAAGAAGGGGGGUAAGAAAUCCAAGGCCGCCAAGCCACGGACGUCCAAGAAGUCCAAACCAAAGGACAGCGAUAAGGAAGGAACAUCAAAUUCCACUUCAGAAGAUGGGCCGGGGGACGGUUUCACCAUCCUGUCUUCCAAGAGCCUCGUUCUGGGGCAGAAGCUAUCCCUGACCCAAAGUGACAUCAGCCAUAUUGGCUCUAUGAGGGUGGAGGGCAUCGUCCACCCAACCACAGCCGAAAUCGACCUCAAGGAAGAGAUAGGUAAAGCCUUGGAAAAGGCAGGGGGUAAAGAGUUCUUGGAAACAGUAAAGGAGCUUCGCAAAUCCCAAGGCCCUUUGGAAGUGGCAGAAGCUGCCGUCAGCCAAUCCAGUGGACUCGCAGCCAAAUUUGUCAUCCACUGUCACAUCCCCCAGUGGGGCUCCGACAAAUGUGAAGAGCAGCUGGAAGAGACCAUCAAAAACUGCCUGUCCGCCGCCGAGGACAAGAAGCUCAAGUCCGUCGCCUUCCCGCCUUUCCCCAGUGGCAGAAACUGCUUUCCCAAACAGACGGCCGCCCAGGUGACCCUCAAGGCCAUCUCAGCCCACUUUGACGACUCGAGCGGGUCCUCGCUGAAGAAUGUGUACUUUCUGCUGUUUGACAGCGAGAGCAUCGGCAUCUACGUACAGGAGAUGGCCAAACUGGACACCAAGUAGCUCUCCGGUGGGGAGAGUCAGGGUCACGUCUCCAGAGCGGGGGUUUUAUUUUUUAAAAGGAUUGAGGACGGGUGACGUGGCAGGAGAGCGGAGGGCGGCUGAGAGGGGAGCAGAGGCAGCGGAACAGGGCCUGACUGCCUGGGGAAGGGACCCAGUGCAUUUUAUAUUCUCUUUACAAAGGGCCUCUUCCGAAAUUAACCAGGUCUCCACCAAGGGUUUUUUUCCAUGUGUUUUCUUCCUGUUGUUUUAGAACUUUUUUUAAAAAAACAAACAUAAAAAUAGACCUUGUUUAGAUUUAUAGCAUUGACUUUCUCUCUCUCUCUC